AUGAAAAAAAAUUAAUAUCAAAUAAAGGUGACAUAAGAUAGUACACCUUCAAUUGAGAAUAUUACAUAAUAAGAUUUCUUAUCAAGUAUCAGAAGAUAAGACACUCCAAGAAAAUCAAAAGUUAGAUUCGCCAAGGAUCCUUUAGAAAAUGAAUGCCCAUUAGAGUAACCAAAUCCAUUUCUGUUCAAUGAAUAAUUGAAACUUAGCUUUAGGGAUUAUUUAGAAGGAUAAAAAACUGCUCUGAACUUAGUUAACGAAUGUAAUCAUGUUAUUGGUCAGACUCAUAAAAUGGAUCAAUUUAAACUAUUUUAAAAUGUAAAUAGAUUUCGAACUUAAUUGAAACAAAGAUCAUCAAUCAGAAUGUUUAUGUUAUAAUAAAAUUCAUAUGCUGAUGAUCUUCUACAACGUAAGAUCAAAGUUUAAGAAAGAUAUAAUAAAAUUAAAUAAUUAAUUUAAUAAAAAAUGAAAUCAAAGAAUAAAAAUGAUUCUUUAAGAGAUGUUUAAAUGUUUAAACAUUUAUUUGAUACAUGUGAAAAGAAUGUAAAUAAAAUCAAAUCUAAAAAUUUAUUAUCUGAAAAAGCAGAUGGAAUAAGAGAAUAUGAUUAAAUAAAAUAUUAAAAAAAUCCUACAGGAUCACUUAGGGUUAGAGUUAAUACUUGUAAUUAAUAAGUUAAUAAUUAAAUAAGAGUGAAAACUCUACCAUAAUAAUCUACAUUACAUUAGACUAUGAAAAAAGAAAGAGAAAAAAUGAAUGCUAAAUUAACAGAGUUUUUAGAACAUGAUUAAAAUUAAGAAAGGAAUUUAUAAAUUAAAGCAAGAAAAAAUUUAAUAAGAGAUUUAAAAAAAGGAAACAAAAGAUUUCAUUCUUUUGAACCAAAUUAAUAUAAUUUAACAGAUCCACUCAGUAAAGAUGUCAAAUUAUAUGCUUAUAUGUUUAUGAAACCAAAUACUGAUGAUCCAAUCUUAAAACCAUCAAAUCAUUUAAAUGUACUAUCUCUAAGUACUAGAACUUAAAAGAAUUUAAAUAGACAUUAUUUAGCUAAUUUCAAUGAAUAACUUUCACAUUCUCGAGAUCAAAGUUUAGAUGAAGAUUCAUCAUUUAAUUCUAUGUUAGAAAUCAAUAUUGAUAAUUUAUAUAAAAGAAGUGCUGAUCUUUAAAGUAAGAUUUUGAAUACUAAAUCUGAAAAAUUGGUUAGAAGAAUAAGAUAAUUUUAGAAAGUUAAAUAAUUGACUACAUAAAUAAUUAAAGUUAAUGAAUUAAAACUCUCGAAUAUUAAAUUAUUAUGA